GGUUACGGAUUUCAUUGCAGUUUUGAGUCAGUCGGAAGAGCUUGGUAUUUGUUCUCGUUUUGACUCUCCGGCUUCGGACAUAAAUGGACAAGCACGUGUCUUGAAAAUGGCGUCCAGCGAUAAUGCCUCAACCCAAAGUCAAGCUGGUGGUGACAGGAGAUGAUUUUGGGUACUGUCCAAAAAGGAACCAGGGGAUAGUGGAUUGUUUCCAAGCCGGGGGCAUUUCUAAUGUGUCCCUUCUGGUUAACGCCUCCUCGGCGAAAGAAGCGACAGAGCUGGCCAAAAGACAUCACAUUCCCAUCGGUCUCCAUGCCAACCUCUCAGAGGGUCUACCAGUGAGCCAGGGUCUGAAACAGGGCUCCACUCUCCUCAACAAGGAUGGGUACUUCCAUGGGAAGAUGGGUUUCAGAAAGGCAUUACAGAGUGGCCUGGUCAACAUGACAGAGGUGGAGCUGGAGCUGAGGGCUCAGGUGAGGCUGUUUGGAGAGCUGAUGGGUUAUCUGCCCUGUCACAUGGACGGGCACCAACACAUUCAUGUCUUGCCAGAGGUGUGCGAGGUGUUUGCCCAGGUGCUGUCUGACUGUGGGAUCUCCUACACUCGUGUCCCUGUGGAGCGUGGGCUACACUCGUGUCCCUGGCUGUCCCCUGUCCUCAGAGACUUCUACAUGCAGGUAGAGAAGGACGCACUGGAGUCUAUCCCCGUGUUCAGACGACAUGGCAUCAGAUGGCCUGAUGUCUAUCUAGGUUUGACCACCAUGGGUCACAACAUGUCAGUCCCCAACCUCAGACGAGCCUUCAGCCAUGCCCUGGAACGAGACCUGGAUGUCUCACUCUCGUCCCCCGGGGGUGAAAGUAAAAACAGGACAAACACUACGGAGCGGCCCGUGCUGACGGCAGAGCUCAUGGUGCACCCUGGGUACCCCAGCCACCCCCAGGAGGGCGGCUGUGGGGAGGGCCCGGACGACUUCUCCCAGUCGGCUGACAGGCAGCAGGAGUUGACCACCCUGAAGGACCCAGCCCUACAGGCCUUCUACACCCAGGAGAGAGUCCAACUCUGUGCCUUCAGGGACCUCUGAGGCCCCUACACCCCUCGCGCUCAGGGGUAGGGUUGUUGAAUUCCCAAAACUUUUAUCUGGUGUUUCAUAAAUCUCAAUUGAAGAAGGUUUGAAGAUUGCUGUUUAUUCCCAGAAUUCUCCAAAUGGGAUUUUUUUCAAAACCCCAGAGCAUUUUGGGGAAGUUUUGUGAUCCUACCUCUGAGUCCCCCACUCAGGGGUCACGUUCCAAUAUCCACACUCACUGCCACACGAUCUAUCCAAUACAUGGCUUUCCCGAGGCCGGUGGGAGGAGCUAUAGGAGGACAGGCUCGUUGUAAUGGCCGGAAUAGAAUGGCAUCAAACCUGGAUUCUAUAUGUUUGAUGUGUUCGAUACCGUUCCAUUAUUCCAUUCCAACCAUUACAAUGAGCCCGUCCUCCUAUAGCUCCUCCCAACAGCCCCCUCGAAUGGCUUUGUUCUGAGUAUUUCGAACACAUUUCCAAUACAUUGCUUCAUUCUGAGUGGUAAGCUUGGGUAAAUAUUGGAAUUGGACUCCUCUGCUGCUCUUUCAUUGGUGCAAGCUUACCUCCAAACCACCAGGCGGCGCCACUAUUUUCUGUGAAGCACAAUCCUAUUUUUGACAGUGUUUAUUACAGACAAGGCAGUUGUUUUCCAAUCAUCUCAGGUGAGAGAGACAAGCACAAAAAUCACUAUGCUCUCUCUCAUCCCAAAACGAACCUCAAAUCAGCUGAUCACACAAGAAGGCGUCAACAGAAGAGUAACUGUCAAAAGGGGGCGGCCCAAAUAGGGCUUGCCUACAGCAUAUUAUAUUUUAAACAUGGCCAUGUAGUCUAUCUAGGUUUUUAAAGAACAAUCCUGUAUAUAUAUUUCUUAAUUUGUGUCACACUAUUUAUUUAAUGAUGUUCUUAGGCUAUCACAAGAAGCAGAAUGGUCUGAAAUGCCCAACUGACUAUAAUGGCUGUAUGAAUAAAUGAAAGGUGACAGAAAACCUAAUUCUUGCAUGAAGUAUUUUGGUUUGAAAUGAGGGUUUUCUACGUUUUGAAACGUUACAGGAUUCAUCUGCUACCGUGGGGGAAAAAUAGGUUACUAAAAGGUGAGUCAGGACUCGGUAGUAUCAUGUCUUACAAGGUUUUUUGUUGUUAUUUACUUCGUUGGUCACGAGUAACCCCUCAAUCACUUUGAAUCACAGUAUAUGAAAAGUUUUUUUCCAACCAAAAAGCAACGUAAGUAAAGUCAAUGCACCCAAUAUUAAUGAACUCAAAAAUAAAUACAAACUGAGUCAUUUAGCUACACACAAGCCCUGUAAGAGACUUUGGGGUUACGCAGAAGCAGCUGAAGGGGGAGGCUAUCCUAGGAAGCAAGCUCGAGCUACUCAUGUCACCCAUGGCUAGUUGAACACCGAACUCUUCUUUGAGACAAUGCUGAAACGUCAAUCCAUGGGCGAGUCAGUGCCGCCACAUUUUCAUUUGUGUCAAAAUCAAACAAAAGCUAUUGUGCAAAUUCAGCAGACCAUGGUGUGAAGUGCUUUUUAGGGCCCUCUGAUUAAAAAAAAUAAAAUAAACGUAUCAUUA